CCCAACGCCGGAAGUGCCUCUCACCGCCACCGGCGGCCGGCCUAGCCCCGCUCCGGAACACGGGGUACGGGGCCCUGGUUCGCGCCGCUGCCGCGCGAAUCUGCCCGGACCACCCCUCACGAUGCCGGCCUUCCGACAGGUGGGAGAGAAGCAGCUGCCCCAGGAGAUCAUUUUCAUGGCCUGGUCUCCCAAGAGGGACCUCAUUGCCUUAGCCAACAAAAUAGGGGAGGUUUUACUUCAUCGACUAGCAAAUUUUCAGCGUGUUUGGAGUUUGCCACCAAAUGAAAAUACUGGAAAAGAAGUAACAUCUUUGGCUUGGAGACCAGAUGGGAAAAUUUUGGCCUUUGGUCUUGCUGACACCAAGAAAGUUAUUUUAUGUGAUGUUGAAAAACCUGAAAGCUUGCACUCUUUUUCUGUGGAUACACCUAUUACUUAUAUGCAUUGGAUGGAAGUAACUGAAGAAAGCAGUGUUUUAACAUCCUUUUAUAAUGCUGAAGAUGAAUCAAAUCUCCUCCUGCCUAAACUACCUGCAUUGCCAAAAAACUAUAGCACUACUGCAAAAAUUUUUAGUGAAGAAAAAUCAGAUGAAAUUAUGAAGCUCUUGGGUGAUGUCAGGCUUAAUGCUCUUGUCCUUGGAGGAAACUCUGGGUUCAUUGAGAUCUAUGCUUAUGGAAUGUACAAAAUUGCUACUGUUACAGGGGUUUCUGGUUCAUGUCUUGGCUUAUGCUUAUCAAGUGACUUGAAAUCAUUAUCAGUUAUUACAGAGAUAGGAGAUUCUACCAGUAUUAUAUCAGAAAUUUCAUAUUUUCAGCUUGAUACUAGCCUGUUGUCUACUUAUUUACCUGAAGUUACUCGGAUGGCCAGAAAAUUUACUCAUAUUUCAACUCUUUUGCAGUAUAUAAGGUUAUCGUUGACAUGCAUGUGUGAGGCCUGGGAAGAAAUAUUGAUGCAGAUGGAUUCUCGUCUUACCAAAUUUGUACAGGAAAAGAACACAACGACUUCAGUGCAGGAUGAAUUCAUGCAGCUGCUAUUAUGGGGGAAAGCAAGCCUUGAACUUCAGUCCCUCUUAAUGAACCAGUUAACAGUAAAGGGCUUAAAAAAGCUUGGCCAGUCUAUAGAGUCUUCAUAUUCCAGUAUACAAAAAUUGGUCAUAAGUCACCUGCAGAGUGGCUCUGAGGCCUUACUGUACCAUUUGAGUGAAUUGAAAGGAAUGGCUUCUUGGAAACAAAAAUAUGAACCUCUUGGACUAGAUGCCACUGGAAUUGAAGAUGCUAUUACUAGUGUGGGUUCUUUCAUAUUAAAGGCAAAUGAACUUCUUCAAGUUAUAGAUAGUAGUAUGAAAAACUUCAAAGCAUUUUUCCGGUGGCUGUAUGUAGCAAUGUUGAGAAUGUCAGAAGACCAUGUGCUUCCAGAACUGAACAAGAUGACUCAAAAAGAUAUCACGUUUGUUGCUGAUUUUCUUACUGAGCAUUUUAAUGAGGCUCCAGAGCUUUAUAAUCGAAAAGGAAAGUAUUUCAAUGUAGAAAGAGUUGGUCAGUAUUUGAAAGAUGAAGACGAUGAUCUUGUGUCACCACCUAAUAUCGAGGGAAACCAAUGGUAUGAUUUUCUUCAGAAUAGCACUCACCUUAAAGAAAGCCCUUUGCUGUUUCCCUAUUAUCCUGAAAAGUCAUUGCAUUUUGUGAAAAGACAGAUGGAAAGCAUUAUUGAUCGUUGUUUACAAAAACCAGCAGAUGUUAUUGGAAAAUCAGUGAAUCAAGCUGUCUGUAUUCCCUUAUACAAAGCUGCUAAAAGUGAGGACUCUACACCUAGAUUGUUCAAAUUGCCCUUCCUCUGGAAUGACAAAUCUUCAAAUCUACAUUAUGUACUCUUUACUAUGUCAGGUAGUUCAGCUUCUAAAAUUUACAUUUUGAGGAGACAUACUGACAUAUCCAGGUCUGUCAAUAAUGGACUACUUGCUGUUGAGUUUGGAAGUUUUUUGAAUACAACAAAUGAAAACUUCGAAAAUAGCUCCUACAGCUGUCUUGAUGCACAUUUUUAUGAUGAUGAAACGAUAACUGUGGUUCUUAAGGAGAGUGAAGAACAAGAAGGCAAAGAAAGAGUCUUGGCUCAGUUACCAUUGUCUUUGGUAUAUACGAAGGAAGACACUCCAGAGAAAGAGUUCAGUGGGACAACUUGUAAAAGGCUAGAUGAACAGAGUGAUAUUAUACCUACACAUACUGUCUUCCUGGAGAAUCAAUGGAGAAUACUGGAGAAUAUGAAAGCACAAUAUGUUGCUGUGAAUGGUUUUCGGAAAGUCUCUUGUGUAUUAAGCUCAAAUCUCCGUCAUGUUAGAGUAUUUGAAAUGGAUGUAGAAGAUGACGGGGAGGCAGAAGAGGAAGAUGAAGAGGAGGAGGAGGAAUCUUCAUCCCAUCUUGUUUCUGGUGAGCAGGAAGAGUUAAUUCAGUCUGCAGAUAACCAAGAAAGUGUUGGCAAUGGAUCUGCUGCUCUGGUGAAUGCAGUGGAAGAACAUGAAUCUCCCCUAGACUCAUAAUCUGGGCUGCUAUUAUUUUGUGUGUUCUCAUUAUGUUAGUAAGGAGGUGGACUAAGAUUUUUUAAAACACCUUAAUUUUUCUUUGUACCAAAGAAAGAUAGUGAAUUACCUUGUGAACAAUGCAUAUUUUCUUUAAAUCUGCUUCAUCUUCCAGAAAUAUAAUCAUCAGAAGGACAUUUCCUUUUGCCGAUGUUUCUUUUUAAAACUGCCUGAAGAACUGUAGUUUUUAAAGCAAACAUAGAUUGAAUUUGAGGAAAAGAAUUCAGUCUUUCUGCUUCUCAAAAAGUAAGUGUCAGGACCUAUUCCUAUUAGCACAAAGAGUUUACAUUUAAACAGUUGUCAUUUGUUAUUGAAGGAGGCUAUUCAGCUUCUUUAGUAUUAAAAAAUUUUUAAUCAGCAAAAUGUACUACUCUUUUUAUCCCAUUUCUUCUUUGUGAGACCCCUGAAUGCUUUGUAUUUGUUAUUUUUAUAUUUCCAUUAUCAGUUUAAAACUGUGAAUGCCUGCAGUGCUAAGCUUGCAAACUGUGAAAAGACUGAUGUCCUUAUCAAUUAAAUAGCAAAAAUACUACUUGUCUCUAAA